GAACAAAGGGCGGAGAUGAGAUGAGCAGCACAUUUUGAUUUUUCAAGCUUUUGACUUUUGUGGUCGUAGAAUUUGGAAUUGGGGAGGUGGGGGCGGGGGAGACCGGACCCUCCUCCCCACGGGCCAAAGAAUAUCCCCGUCCUUGUCCCACACCACCGUCCACAGUCGUCCCUCUCCAACGCCGCCUUCUCUCUCUCUCUCUCUCGCCCUUUUCUUCUCUUUACUAAAUAAAGCAAAUCCGGAGGAACCCAUUUCUCCCCUCUCCCGCUCUCUCUCUCUCUCGAUCGAGUCUCCUCCAAACCAACCGCGCUCGUUCCUACCCAGCCCCAGGGGGGCCACCGCGAGCGUAUCUGGGCGCGGGGGCGGCGGCCGGCGGUCAACGGUGCCGGGCAGUCCUUGAUCGGCGAAUCCUUACGAGCUCACCCGCCAUUCUUGGUGCGGUCCGCUUCAUCCAGUUCGCCGGUGGAGGUCCGGGGAGUCAGUUUCGGGUUUGAUAAGAGAGUUGUAUUCCUGGUUUGAUGGGAUUGAAGAAAUUUAGUUCUUGGUCUUUAAUUCCUGUAGAGUUGUUCGAGCGUAACCCUCUUGGUUAUAGGAGUUGCUUAAAGCUGAAAAAGGUGAAGAAGAUCAAGGACAUGAUCACAUAUGAAGUGUUUUAGCAUUUCUAUGGUAUAAGUAGUUAGAAAAUGGAUGAGGAGGCUAAUUCCUGGAUAAGGAGAACAAAAUUCUCUCAAACAGUUUGUCAUAGGCUAGAUUCUUCAAGAUUGGCCUCGAUUCCCUUUACAAUUGAAGCAAAUCGGAAUCCUGGACUGAAGUCAUGGCCAACUCUAGCGGUCUCAGGCCAGAAGCCCAGUUCUAGUGGUUCACAGAUUCAAAGAAAUCCAGUUACCAAUAAACAGAGAGCUUUAUCCCCCCCUCCAGAGACGGUCCUAUCUGAUGUGUUUAAGGAAGCACGCUCUGAAAAAAAGAGAUUUUCAACUCCCUUGCCACAGAGGAAAGAAACUGAGAAGGGUAUUAUUAGGGGAAAGGCUCGGAAUUCCAAUUCAUCCUCGAAUAGUAGCCCGCUCAGGCAUUUUGCUUCAAUGAAACACAAUGACAAAGUUAAAAGCAGGAAGGACUCUGCCUGGACUAAAAAAUACUUUGAUUAUUCUGGCGGAAGGGUUAUGGCUGUUGAUGGAACAGAUGAAUGGGUUGUGGAUAUGUCUAAACUAUUGCUUGGUCUCAGAUUUGCCCAUGGUGCGCAUAGUCGGCUUUAUCAUGGGAUAUACAAGGAUGAACCUGUUGCUGUAAAGAUUAUUAGGGUUCCAGAUGAUGGCGAAAAUGAAAUCUUGGCUGCAAGAUUGGAAAAACAAUUCACUAGGGAAGUAACUCUUUUGUCCCAUCUUCACCAUCAGAACAUUAUAAAGUUUGUUGCCGCAUGCAAGAAGCCACCAGUUUAUUGCAUCAUUACAGAAUAUCUAUCAGAAGGUUCUUUGAGGGCAUACUUGCAUAAGCUUGAAGACAAAUCAAUCCCCUUGCAAAAGCUUAUUACAACAGCUCUCGAGGUUGCUCGUGGAAUGGAGUAUGUUCAUUCACGAGGGGUCAUUCAUCGUGACCUCAAACCAGAGAAUAUCCUAAUCGACCAGGACUACCAUCUGAAAAUUGCUGAUUUUGGCAUUGCUUGUGAUGAGGCUUACUGUGAUACUUUAGCUGAUGAUCCAGGAACUUACCGGUGGAUGGCCCCUGAAAUGAUCAAACGCAAAUCUUAUGGGCGAAAGGUUGAUGUUUAUAGUUUUGGUCUUAUUUUAUGGGAAAUGGUGGCUGGCGCAAUCCCAUAUGAGGACAUGACUCCCAUACAAGCUGCUUUUGCGGUGGUUAAUAAGAAUCUGAGACCAGUAAUCCCAAAGGAUUGCCCACCCGCACUGCAUGAUCUCAUUGACCAGUGCUGGUCCUUACAACCAGAGAAGAGGCCCGAGUUCUGGCAGAUAGUCAGAGUAUUGGAACAGUUUGAGGUUUCGCUUGCUCAUGAUGGAACACUAAAUCUGGUGGAGAACCUGACUUGCCAAGACCACAAGAAAGGGUUGCGUCAUUGGAUCCAAAAGCUCGGUCCGAUGCACCAUAACAGUUCAAAUGUUUCUAAACCGAAGUUCAUAUGACUCUUCUGAGCUUGCCUAGGACCCAAUUCACAUGAAUUCCACUCUGUAAGGCUUCAAGAAUUAUACUGGUGUCAACUGUCUGUCCAGGAUGAAGUCUGCUUGAACCUUCUUUGAUGGCGGUGCAGAUUCACAUGGAGAUCGAUGGGUAGACUUGUAUGCAUGUAUCAAUUUGUAAAAGGCUCUUCCUGUAGAUUUUACAGGUAUGUAUGAUUGGGUCAUUGGUGUUGGAAAAAUGCUGACAUAUAAAUUUAUCUUGGCAAUUUUUAAAGCCGACUUCUGUUUUUUGGUUU